GAAACAGGGGUCAACAAAAAUGGGCAUUUCCGAAGGGUUCUCCCCUCGUACCUGAUGUAUCAAGGGCAGUGUUAAACGUGACCGAGGGAGAUAAAAUGAAAAGAAUUCUAAAGGAGUGGUUUGUGGAAGAAACAGAUUGUUCGGAGCAAUAUGGAGCAGUGGCUACUUCCGACAGCCUGACACUGGAUAGUUUUAAAGGGCUUUUCCUGAUAGCUGGAUUAUCUUCUUCACUAGCUCUUGCUAUAUUCUUGCUUAUCUUCUUCUAUGAGAAUAGGGGAGUUCUCGUCUCUAAUGGUUCAGUUGUCCAGAAACUUUCUGCAAUGGCAAAAAUAUUUGAUGAAGAAAGGAAGGACUUGAGCAGGGCGGCCAAGAAGCAAGGCACAGGAGCCGAAGUAGCAGUUGUUAACGUAGUUUCUCUGGGGAGUAAUCAUGAAUUUGCCCCAAGCCCAGCAAUUAGCUUUUUCCACCACCACCGCCAGCAUCAUGAAGAAGAAGGCGUUUGCUCUCAUGAUGAAGGCUUUCUCAGGUUUGGAUUUUUGUCAGCGCCAGGAAUUGGCUGCCAGAUAACAGGAGAAGCAUAUGGUCGACUUACUGGGAAAUAUAAUCUUGGCACUGACAAUGUGGAUGAAGCUGCUGGUAGAGUUCUUGAUCGAGCAUCUAAGUGA